GCAACAUAGUUAACUGACUUAUGAACCACGCUGUCUUUUAUACUAAUAUCCUGUAUGAGUCGUUCAAUAGAUCCUAUUUGAAGCAUUUCAUACUCUGAACUUCUCACUUGUCAGAUAAAUUAGACUUAUGCUUACAUCAGGGCCCAUAUUGGCCUAUUCCAAAAAUGUACAAGACUUGUAAUAAUUGCAGCAUGCUAACUGAUUAUAAGGAACUUUAUAAAAUCCAAUUUGCUUAUAACUAGUAUAUCUUGUUGUAAAUUGUAAUUUGAAAAGCUUGCAACAACUGCAAGCAACAGUGCAUAAGUCUGUUACUAAUUCUAAGUAAAUAAGAAUGAUUUCUAAAUUAGGAAGGAUACCCCAAUGGUAAAAUAUUAAUACUUUUAUUAUUUAAUUUUCCAAAAUGUGGUGUAUAAACUCUGGAAACUCUGGAUUUUAAUCUACCCCUCGUACAAUACUAAUAUUUUCCUGUGUAGAAAUGCAAAAUUUAUCAUUCACCACGUUAUUCUCAUUGAUCUCGUUCACUUCUAUUGAUAUUCUUAAUUACAGCAUAAAUAUUUUAGAAAAUAGUCAUUUUGAUAAUGGAUGAACCAGAAAACAAGUGUGAAUUAGUGUGUGAAAGCCGUUCGAAGAAAAAUUUGAAUGUUGCCUACGUAUACGAUAUAGUGAGACGUAUAUUGAAAACUUUGGAUAAUUCCGAAAUAGAGAAUUGCAUGAAAGUUUGUUCAUUGUGGAAGGAAAUAGGAGAAUCCAUAUUGAGAGGAAGGAUAACGAUUGCAGUUGAGGCCUUACCACGUGAUAUAAUUGCAAUCACGAACUUUUAUCCAGAAUAUGUUGUUCGCUACUUGAAAACACAAAAUGGCAACAUUAACAUCUUGACAGGAUAUAAUGGAUAUUUGGAAGAAAACGAGGAAAGAAGUGAUAGAACUAAGAUAAAACGACAUUUAUCGCGGUUGGAUGCUCAAUGUCGUAACAAUAAUAAUAUGAAGGACCGGCGAUAUUCUCAAAGGCUCAUUAAACUUCAUUCAAGUCCCUCAAGAAAUCUGUUACCAAUAUGCAUCGCUGUUUUUCCUCAACUUCCCGGACUGAAAAUAAGUCGUUUCUUGUUUUCAAAAGAUGAAAUCAAAGAGAAGCUGAAACCUGGUCCCACGUGGUUUACAGAAUUGACAGACAUUUCCAAAGAAGAAACGAAAUGCGUCCUGUGGAUUGUAGAUGGAGUACUGGACGACACCUUCAAGAAGGUUAUACCACAAUGCGCAGUAAGCGGUAUAUCAGAUUAUAGUGUAGGUCGAGCAUACAGAUGCAUAGUGUUUUCGGGGAGGAUGGUACACGCAUUAUCAUUUAAUCUGCCAAAAGAUCAUACAUUACAACAAAUGAAAGUUACAGAAUUGAAGCAAUACAACAUUGCAUGGAACAAUUGUAUUUUGUUAUAUUUCAACCAAAAGUUCAUGAAUUGGUGCAACGAUCGAUCAGGCUUUCCCGAACUGGAGAUUUUUAGUAAAGAAUUUCACAACAUACCGAUUUUGUUUUAUCAUAGCUUCGUAUCUUUCGGUGUCGAAUACAUCCCGAAUAUUUGUGAAAACACAAGUACUAUAGGAGAGUGUACAAAAGAUGCAUCAGUUCUUGCAAAAAUUGUUUUAUUGUGGAUUGCAUGACUUGUAUUUAUGUUGUUAAAUGCAAUUUUAAGGUACUUUGUUUAAAAAAGAUGUAUUCCUCGUAUA